AUGCUGAGUAAUCAAUCGGAAAUGACCGAUAACAUUAACCACAACUAUGCUCGGGAGUGGGAAUUCUGCAUUCAUUACAAUGAAACCAUCCAACUUUCGCAACGCAAACAAAAAAUUGAGAAAGUACCCCCAUUGCUCUUAAAAGGAGAAAAAGGUGGAAGAAACCACCAAUGCUACGAGCCUGCGGUGGUUUCACUUGGCCCUUACCACCAUAAACGAGAUGACCUCGCCGCAGCAGAGAAAUACAAGCUAAUAACCCUCGAAGAGUAUAGUUUGAGCUGCAAAAAAACCGUGGAUUCGUUAUACAAUGAAGUGUUUGAGGUAGUUCAAGAAGCUAGAAAGUGCUAUGUCGAUGGUUCUACAGACGAAUACAACGACAAGGAGUUUAAUGAAAUGAUGUUGCGUGAUGGUUGCUUCGUUUUGUUCUUUAUAGAUUGCAUUGCUAGCAGGCCGAAUACUAUGUUGAUGCUAAAUAAUGAGUAUUUAGGCGCAUUGGGCUUCAUGCAUGUAGCUCGUGACAUUUUGUUGCUCGAGAACCAAAUCCCGUUUAUGGUACUCCAGGUUUUGUUGGAUUUGCGAUUCCCAAAAGAUAGAGGUGAAAGGAUCUUAAAUGAGUUCUUUAACUACUUGAACUAUGGUGAAAUAACCACGAGGGAAGAAAAGGUGCUUGAAAAUAAGAAGCAACCUCUUCAUCUUCUCGAGCUUUACAGGUCCUAUUUCAUCUCGCUUUCCUCCCACUUCGAUGUUCAUGCGAAUGCUAAUGCAAAAUCAAAUUAUGUAAAGCGAAAUCGAUCUUUUGCGUCGGUUACAGAACUCAAAGCUAAAGGUAUUUUCUUGAAACGUAUUAACGUCAAUGACGAGUCUUCUAAAGAAGACAUCAAGUUUCACUCUCAUUGUUGCUAUGGCGAGCUUGAGCUUGUGCGACGUGCGGUGUACUCGAAUUCAAAAGCUAUAUACUUGAAUAUGAUCGCUUACGAGUUGUGUCCUCAUAAUCCAAAUGACCUUCGAGUUUCUACUUAUAUUCGAGUAAUGAAAUCGUUGGUUGUUCAUCGUGAUGACGUGAAGGAGUUACGAGACAACAAGAUAUUGCUUCAUAGUCUUGGUCGAGAUGAAGAUGUGGUGAAGAUGUACGAUGAGAUUGAAACACUAGCAGUUAAUGUCCACAUGUUUAACCAGAUUCGACGAGGAAUUGAGAAGCAUUGUAAUAACAAGUAUAAGACGUGGGCAGCAGAGUUGAUUAAUGUUUACUUUUGUAGUCCAUGGAAGACUGUAGCUUUGUUGGUGGCUACUGCUAUUCUGUUCACUAGUUUUCUGCAGACUUACUUCGCCAUUAGGCCACCUCCAGAUGAAUCCACUGGGGAUAUGCUCGAGCUUUUGAGACAUUGUGUACACUCUAAGCCUCCUUCUGCACCUACUUAA